AUGCCAUGGUCACCCAGGGUGGCAAGGAUCUCCCAUGCUCAUGGCCCUCUCGGACGGCGGCUUUCACCACCUCCUCGCGGGGGCGAGGGGCGCCGUUGGCGCCAAGUCCGGGCGGUACAUGUUCGAGGUGAAGAUCUUCGAGGUGCUCGACUCGGCAGGGGCGUCGAGAGCGGCCCGCUCCACCGUGCCUGCGAACUACCUGCGGGUGGGCUUCUCGCUGGCGAGGUCCGGGCUGUUGAUGGUGGACUCGAUUACGUGUGCUUCGACAGCGAGGGUUUUAUCGCGUUUGCCAAGACGAAGAGGAAGUUCACACAUAAGUUCAACCGGGAAGAGACGGUGGCAGUGCUGCUCAACCUCGACGCGGGCAGCCCGAACGCGAACACGAUCAGCCUGUUCCGGAACGGCAAGCGCGCCACGGAGCCACAGGCCUUGCCCGAAUUCCUGCUUGGAAAGACGUUGUACCCCGCCGUGACGUACAAGAACGUGAGCUUGCAGGUGAACUUGGGCCCGUGGCCCUUCUCACCCCUGCCGUUCAAGUGCACCAUGCUGGCGGAGGCCGCCGCAGACGAUGUGGAAGUCGCGCCCAGCAGUCCCGAUCAGGGCGAGAAGGCCGAGGUGGUGAUGCCGAUAGGCCUCCCCGACACAGGCUACUUCGAUUGGGUGGACCACUUCUUGUCGAAGGGCAAGGAGUACGAGGAGUUGAGCGACCGCAGGGUCAUCGAUCUGGCAACGAAAAGCGGAUUGUGGAGACCCGGGGCGCCCAACAUGGUCCAGGGUUCCAACGACAAGCCGGAGAUGAGGUUCAACGUGCCGUCCAUCGACGACCACAGCGUUCGCAGGAUGUUGUACCACUUGGCGCAGACGUCGAAGCGCUCCUUCAUAGUCCCUGAGCUGGCUGGCAACCUGCAGCAGGCCGAACGCAAGAAGAUGUUGGCAAACUUCAGCAGCCCUGCGUUCACCAAGACCGCAGUGGUCCUGAUGGGAGAACCCUCCGAAGAGCACAAGGCGAGGGUCCAGGCCCUGAUCCUAGACGAGAAGCAGGCUGCCAUAAACGCGGAACACAAGGCAAAAGUGAUGGAGGCCACCCGGAAGAAGAUGGUCGAGGAGAGAAAGCGAAAGCUGGAUGAGGCGAAGAAGGCCCGAGAAGCGGCCGCUCGCAAGGAGAAGGGCGAGGACGGCGCGGAGGGCGACGCCGAGGAGGCGGCACCUGCGCCAGAGGAGGACCCGAUGGACGUGGACCCUCCGGCAGCGGAGCUGACGGAGGAGGAGAAGAAGGUCUCGGUGAGGAAGAGCCUGCUUCCCGACCUGACCGAUCAGGCGUUGAAGUCGUCGUACAGCGAUUUCUCGUUGCCUUCGACAGCGGAGGGCUUCGACCAGAUCAAGUACGUUUGGCAGACGGAGGAGGAUUGCGCCAGAAUUCUCAGAGAGUGGAUCCUCGCCAAGAAGAUGGUGCAAAGGGUCGACGGCCUGCAGCCGGGCGCCGAGUUCAGGGCGGCGUGGGCAGAUUGGCAGAAGGAGCUCACCAAGCUGAAGGCUCUGCACGAGCUUUGGCGAGGACCCUGCGAAGAGGAAAGCAGCGCUGGCCAAGAAAAAGGAGGAGGCCAAGAAGGCGGCGGAUGA